ACGAGACUGUAUUUACUGAAUGCAUCAUAAGUAAGAUUAUUUUAGUAUCACGAGCUAUUUCGUGUUUCACACUAUUUCGUGAGGCUCCGCCCGGAGGGCGGAUCCACGAUACAUCUCCCUCCUUUGGCGAGACGGACGUCACGGUCCGAAGCAUCUUCCGCUGCGGGUCACUCUGGGAGAGGACGAUUUCACCUCCCCAUGACCAUCUGAAGUCGUUGUCCUGUUGUCGGCUCUGCUCCGAGUGUAAGACCGCCUUUCGUUCGGAGGUCUGGACUCUUUGGUCUGGAUGCUUCUCGGCGGAGUGAGCGCCCUUUGUGCUGGAACCUUCAGGUCACGACGCGACGGAUGAGACUGCAGCAGAGCUGGUAGGUGUGCCGGGCUCAUCGAUCUUGUUGCAGCGCGGGCUGGUGCUGGAGGCGGAGAGCGCUGGUGCUUGGGCUCUUCAUGCUCACAGAGCUUUAGAUGACAACGAUUGCGUCGCUGGCUGGAGAGGGUCGUGACCUCUCAGUGUCGGCUGGACCAGCGCCUCUGACUCCCUCCGAGGGUGACCCAACCGGGGUCAUGGCUGCCCCGCUGCCGCACAACUCUCGCUCCGGGUGGCACUCGGCAAACGACGUCUGCACUGACCACCUGCUGACGCUCAAAACCGAGGGCGAGCUCGCCAAGACGGCCGUCCUGCAGAGACUCUCCGAGCUUCAGCGUGCUAUAGGCCGUGUUGGAGACGAGCUGGGGGACCUCAGACAUGCCGUCGAGCAACUGGCUCAGUCAAUCAUCACGGCAGUGGAGAACGGGAAGGAAGAUAUCCUGACAGAGCUUGGAUACCUGAGGUCGGACUACACUCGACUGGCCCGCACACUGGAGCUCUUACAAAGCGGAACCGAUGACUCCCUGCGGGACAUCAGCUCUCGCUUGGACAUGCUCGCGAACGCGCCCCAGCCAAGACCAUCGUGUCCUGCCGGCUCUACGCAAAGACCGGAUGGACAAUGUUACACAUGUCCGGCACUUGGCGUCCUCCACACCGACAACAACUGCUACUUCUUGUCUGCCGCCCCUGACCCGCAUCGGAGGGCGGAAGAGCGCUGCAGCGAAGGAGGCCUUGGUCAUCUGGCCACUAUGACUCCAGCGAACAGGGAAUUCCUGUAUCUGCUCGUUGGCAACCAAGUCAAUAGCGACACGGCCUGGAUCGGCCUGUCUCGGCCGAUGGGUUCAGCCGAGUGGGUCUGGAACGACGGUUCGCCGUACGGACCCUUCACUGACUGGCCCAAUGGCCAGGAGCCGGCCCCGAGCCCAUUUGAUCAGUGCGUCAGUGCGCGUACAUUUCAGACAGAUAGAUGGUUCACGUCGGCAUGUACUGACCGAUACCCUUAUAUUUGUCAGGUCGCAGCCACCUCUACGGCAGCUGAACCAUGAUGAGACGCCACCCGCCACCUAGGACAUAAGAACAAAGGAACUAUUUCAAGUGACAG